AUGCGUCCUGUCUUUCUCGGAACGUCCCUUUCGCUCCUUUACGCAGUCAGCGUAUCUGCUGUCCCUCACUCUAGCAGUGUCAGGACUUCUCCUUCAGAACCCUCUGCAACUCCUGUCUUUAAGGUAAAGAACCUGGCCGUAUCGGCAGACGCUGCCGCAUCACCUUGGAAGGAUGCCCAGUGCACUACCGACAUCACCGACGCGACACUGGAUCCCACUGCUCGUUGGAAUGCAGCCAAAGCCGACGAUGCCUUGGAUGAAGCCCUGAAUGCCUGGUCUACCUCUGGUGCUGCCAGUGGCUUGGGAUUCCCUGAGUUCAUUAGCAACUACUUCACUGGUCCUGACAACUGGAACUGUGGAGAUAUCGGCAAUACUCCUUGCUCCACGGUGCUGACCUGUAACCAGGCCGACUAUCCCGCUGGUUACCUGAUUAUGAAUUCUUUCUCCUCGAUCCACCAGCUUCAUCAACAAACUUAUGACGCUCUCGGAGAUGCCCUUAAUGCAAUGCAAAAUGACAUUGGUAGAUUUGCGAGCAUCUUUGCCCCUCAGGUCAAAGACGACUCUGAGAUGAUCAAGUUCAUUAUCGAUGCCAUAGUCUUGGUGGCUAGCGUUGGCAGCUCCUUUGCAUGGAAUAUUGCAUUCAAAGGCCUCGCUAUGGCCUCAUCCAAGUAUUUCUCCAUGGGCAAAGAUGUAACCAACGCAGCGCUCAUUUCCUUUUCCACCGCGAUGGGUAAAGACUCAUUGAAAGCCGCUAAAGAUGCAUUGGGCACCCAGAAUGGCAUUUCCUCCUCUCUUGGUACUUACUUCUCGGCCUGGACUGGCAUGGAGAGCGGAUAUAUCACCUCACUCUUUGGUGGAGCGAGUGAUGAUACUUCAAUUGACUCUCUAAAAACCUUGACUGCCAACGGAUCCAUGCUUCUACUUUCGCCCAAAGUGGAUUUGAGUGGGAUGACUGCCCAGGCGCAAAAGAUCCUUUACGGACAGUUAAUUCCAGCGGCUUGGGCCCAAGCCCCUGACACCCUCUAUCCCCGGAUCCUGCGGAAGGCUGGAGGUUGUUCUACGUCAAUUGACAAACAGAUUCUCAAUCUCAUGGAUAAAGGCACUCUAGUCGGCGGGUAUGUCUGCUACAAUAACGAUGCUUUCUAUGUCAUCAGUGUCUCUACCGCUCAAGCCAUCGAGCCUUUCAAGGCCCUCCCUGGAGGAAACCAUCAAACACUAAAUGGCCAGGACUGGGGCGGUGUCAUUCUGGAAGAUAUCGUCCAGAGCUCGUACCAGGCAUACCAGCUGAAUGGCAACACAAAUGGCUAUGAAAUGCCUGCCUUGUCAAAGAUUAUUGAUGGAUCAGGCACAGAGGGUGAUUUGGUUUUCCAGAAUGGAAUCCGCACCCCGGGAUUCUUCAACCUGCCAAUCUGCGAUAACAUCGGUCAAGCAGUCGUCGCUAUCCAGUCGAAAGAGACACCAAGUGGAAAAUACUGGCCCUGCGAUGCACCGGCAGGAUACAACGCUGCUGGAACUAAUGUGCACGUCAACAACGGAUGCAUCAAUGUGGAUGGAGAGAACAUUUGCAAGUCUCAAACCAAGUACACCAACAUUGCAGACCAAAGUACUGGCGACAUUACCGCGACCAUCUACGCGCAGUUCGAUGGAGACGACAAGACCGACUACAAAGUUACUCCUGGCUGCAAGCUGGAAGCUUCCUGGCCCCGCGCCUAUGGUGACGUCUACUUUGGAGACAAUAACUGCCUGUAUGAUUCGACUGGUACGAAUAUCAACGGUCAGUGUUGCACUGAGAAGACCACGGACUCGGUUCUCAACCCGUACUAUGGAUAUUAG